AUGUCCGAGCCUACGAAGAAGCGAGCCCACCAAGGAGGCCAUGACUCCACUUUCGCGAAGAGAAUGAAGGGGCUCAACAUCCGCGAGGGAGGCCAUCACUUUACAUUCGCGAAGAGAAUCAAAGGGCACAACAUUCCCAAGCGAGCCGAUCCGAUCAAGUAUCUAGUCCCCAAUGUCGUCAACAUUAUCGCCUCACACCUCACACCGCAGGAUGUGGUUCGCAUGGAGAGAGUCAGCAAGGCCUGGCAACUGUUUGCCGUGACAUGGUUAGACAAGCUGGGUAAUCAACUCAUGGACGGGCCCUCGCCUGUGGGUGUGCAACUUGACAAGCUCACAUGUGGAGAUGAAAAACGGUAUAUCUGCCAGCUCUAUGCUCUAAGGAAAGGACAUCCGGCUUCCAUUCUUGAAAUCGAAUACAAUACUAGACCCAUCCCGGACGGCCUCAUUGGCCCCGUUUGCUGGCGCCGACACUUCGUUGUGUGGCCUACGAUGGAAUCUUCGGAACAGAAUCCAGUGCAAGCGGAUGGACAGCAGGAUGUCCUUGGUGACACUCUACGUUGGACGCGGUUUCCGGACUCUUUUAGUUUGAAGAUCAAUUCAGAGGUCAGACAGCUAGAAGGCAGAAUUCCGGCGACGCAGUUUUCCACCCGUGGUACUUCCGAGACAGCUGUCAUAACCCACCUCGCGGCGAACGACCAGAGCAUUAUACUGGUACAGCUGACGUUUGACCGUGACUUCGGGUCCCACGAAAGGAAUGUUGUUUACUCAAUAGCCGAUCACAGGGUGUUAUGGCAGGAGGACACUGAUCCUACGAUGCGUGACGGGUCGGAGAGGCAGCCAUAUCUGCUGGGUGAGGAGAGAGUCUACACUUCCCAGUAUCUUCGCGCAACUGGCGAGAACUGGCUCGUCGCGUAUGAUUUCCGGACAGGAGCUCAGCUAUACAAAUCUAGACCUCAUAUGCAUGAUUCAUCGCUGUCUACCAAGAAUAUGAAGCUCCUUCAAGCUGCUCGUGGCGAGGAAGUCCUCAUACAGCUUUCCGACUCCGGCACUGAGCAUAGAGCCCAUAUCAUCCGAGGGAUCAACGGACACCUUCUUGGACAAGUGGAGCUGAAGCCUCAUCCCAUGGGCCAGUUCAGAAACAUGGUAACGUAUCCAGCAAGUGGACAGAUGGCCAUCCUGGAUUACACGUUCUAUAGAGGUCCACCUGCCCAAAGGUUGGCUGAUCAGCGUCCGAUUAGGACCUUAGUAGUCAUCUUUAAGCACUACUCCUACGAUCCAGAUACCGGGUAUUCACACCGAUGCACUGACGCUGUGUUAAUCGAUGCGACAGGCAGGGGCGGCAUUCCUUCCAGUGCUAGUGCUGACCGUCGCCACGAGUCUCUAAGUGCCUUUAACCCAUUCUUUAUGGCGCUCCUUAGGACGUGCGAUCUGCCGACAGUACCUCCAGUUCGCCCCGUGCCCCCAGGGCUGCGGCCGACAUGCGGGAGCUGGCCGCUGAUCCCCACCGAAGACAAGGAUCAACGAAGGAUCGCUGAGGCUGCACUCGUGGAGGAAUUCGGGGAAUCUAGCCUUUCCCCUCCUCUGCGUCAUUGUUUAGUCCCCGGUUAA